GCCCGCACACGCACCACCACCGAGAUGAGCCGGCACUCCUGCCUGGCGGCCGCGGCGCUGCUCGCCGUUCUAUGUGUCGUCGAUGCCCAGAGGAGACUUGCUCUACCGGACCCCAGGAGUUGCGCGAAUAGGGUACGGCACUCGACGUACCGCGACGCGCGUGGUGUGCUGCAUUCGUACUUCUUCAGUUGGGAGCACGCGCCGACCCGCAGCCUGGAGGUGGACUGGCUGGACGCCAGGAACAUCUGCCGUCGCCACUGCAUGGACGCCGUGUCGCUAGAAACUCCUCAGGAGAACGAAUUUAUAAAGCAGAGGAUCGCUCGCGGUAACGUGCGGUAUAUUUGGACGUCGGGCCGUAAAUGCAACUUCGCGGGAUGCGACAGGCCGGACCUGCAGCCCCCGAACGUGAACGGGUGGUUCUGGUCGGGCUCGGGCGCCAAGAUCGGGCCCACCACGCAGCGCAACACCGGCGACUGGUCCUACACCGGCGGGUACGGACAGCCCCAACCUGACAAUCGUGAAGCUGCCCAGGGCAACGACGAGUCGUGCCUGGCGAUCCUGAACAACUUCUACAACGACGGCAUCAAGUGGCACGACGUGGCGUGUCACCACGUGAAGCCCUUCGUCUGCGAGGACAGCGACGAGCUCCUCAACUUCGUCCGCUCGCGCAACCCUCAGCUGCGUCUAUGAGCCCCCGAUGAAGCCUCGCCCUCUAAAUUAGAUGGCUGACAUUGUACAAAACCGAGUGGCUAUCGAUAUUUAAGUUAUUUAUUAAAUUAACAUACUUCAACAUUAUCUUUUGGGUACCUUUUGCAGAUAAAGAGUAUUUGUAAGCCCCGACAGCACCCCUACUCGUUACUUUACUCGCUAUCCAAAGAUCAGAUCGUUUCGACGUUCGUCGCUGUCGCGCCUUGUGGUCAGUCAUCUUGUCUUCUGUACAGAGGUACUUCACAAAAAAAUGUAAAAAGUCUUGUUUUUGCACAAAAUAGGAUUAGUGUAUAAAUGUUUAAGAUUAAAUAAAAAAUAAUAUUAUA